AUUUUGUGACAUUAUAAGGGAAGCCGAGCUUCCCUUGCAGUCUUAAAGAAAUCGCCUCUGGUUUGCACCCUCCUCUGCUUUGACCAGCACGCGCGCGCACACACACGCGCGUGCGCACGCACGUCAAAGCGCUCGUUCCAGCUGUGAUUUAAGAGCGCGCGCAUGAAGCCCGGAAUUUGUACCUCCAGAGAAUUCACAUAAGUCGAAAUGACACUUGUGGAUGAUUUUUUUGCUCGUGAUUUUAUUUUAAAAGGUUUUUCGAAGCAUGGAGGACGGAAACACGGCGUAGAUGCACAAAUCCGGUUGAUAUUGGAAUUCUCCUGUGAUGAUGUCUAGGUAUGAAUAAAACGCGCGCGCAUUCACGCACUUCAUCACUUCAUCAUAUCAGUAAUUGUGAGUUGGUUACUGCCAAUAUUGUGGACUACUGUUCAUGUAGUAACUGUCUGCUUCAUGCUUUGGAUUGAGGAGAACUUUUACGCACAGGAGAUGCUGGAAGAGCCGACAAACUGCAGCAUGUGUUGCUGCACUACUCUGAACAAAAUACUGACCCUCGCCUUCAUGGUCGUACUGAUGUUUGGGAUAUUGUGUGGAAACUCGCUGACUUUGGCCGUGGUGCUCGGAACGAAGCAUUUCCACACACCCCAGGGAUAUCUGAAAGCCUCAUUAGCAGUGGCGGACAUGUCCGUAGGGAUUCUUGUGGUUCCUCUGUCCGUGUACGCAGAGAUCAGACUCCUGUUGCCGGAUGCGCCCCCGGGCUGGACAGCGCGCGAUUCCCAGCACACGCGUUUCCACCCGUGCAUUUUGAUUGGUCCUGUGUUUGCAGGCUGCACUCUGGUUUCCAUCACCACCGCGUUUCUGCUCACGAUUGAACGCAGCAUUGCUGUUCUAAAACCUUUGCACAAAGACGCAGUUAUUACCAGACGAAGGACGUGCAUGCUGAUAGUAUGUUCCUGGACGGGCAGCUUCUUCUUGGCGCUUUCCCCGCUGAUCUUCAGCAGCGAGAUCGCGCUGGAGUAUAACGCAUGCAGCAGAAUGUGCAACUACGCGUUAGGAGCCGCCGAGUUUCCGUCCCGAGCUUGGCACAUCCUCUUACUUUUCCCAGCGUUUGAUUUUACACUUCUCGCAGGCACUGUUGUGACGAACAUCAUAUCCUUCACUACGAUCCGCCAUCAUUCGAAGAAAAGAAGGCGUCUGGCUCAAGCGGGCUGCCAGAGCACAUCAGGACCGACUUUCUCCGACAUCAAGGCUGCAAAAACAAUCGGCGCGCUCACGCUGGUCUUCACCGCCUCCUUCACUCCUGUCGCGGUGUUCGUAGUGGGAAACGUGACUGGAAAGACAUGGUGCAACUUCUCGUUUUUUGCUUUCUGGAUCCUUGCAGCAAGUAGUUGCUGGAAUGUCAUCAUUUACAGCGUAAGGGACCAAAAGUUUCGACUCCGAGCGCGUCGGCUUUUGGUCUUCUCAAAAAUUAAGGAUUCACCCUGAAGCUUCACAAUCAGGACUUACAAAUGAGUUCUUCACAUUUCACAGUGAUUUUUAUAUAGAAAGCUAUAGGACAUAUCAUAAUAUAAUAUUGCACCAGUCAAGUUUAUUUCUAUAACGCUUUUCACAACAGACAUUGUCUCAAAGCAGCUUUACAGAAUUCAACAGUUAAGGUGAAUGAUGUG